CUGGAAAGGUGCCAUUAGGAGCGCAUAUGCUGCUUUCUUUACCUUCAGCGUAAUAUCGCUACUUGGAUUCUUGUGACUCUAUCCCUUCCAUGCUACGACCCCUGCCUAGCUGUUUGCGUGCCAUCGGACUAAGCAAUAUUUUCAACACCUUCUCAAGAUCGGGCAGUGCGCAGGUAUUCAGCCAACUCUCGCGACGCCGCUCCGCAGCUCUAUCCUCUUGUCGUGCAAGGAGUCCCAGCUUCGGCUGGAACCUCGCACAACGCACAACGACCUUUCCGCGACCCCAAGCAUCAGCUCUACCUCCAGCUGCUUUGCCCUCCUCCUUUAUGCCCGGCGGCCUUGUCGGCUCCUUCGGACGCACGCUGGUCAACACCCUUCACAGCUGGUCAACGCCCACUUUCGCAGCCACCGCUCAUUUCGUACAGCAACGGCUUGCCGGCAUGGGGCUGCUAGGUUGGCUGGCGCUGGAUCUGGGGAUCAACUGGGCGGGAUGGGCGGCUGCAGCGGCGCUCAAGACCGAGGUGUUUUACGACCUGCUGGGCAGCCUCAGCUUCCUCACCCUCACCGGGGGCUCGCUGCUGGCGGGGGGAGGCGCGGCGGCGGGGGGGCGGCAGCUGCUGGCCAGCUGCCUGGUUGCGGUGUGGGCGGUGCGGCUGGGCUCCUACCUGGCUGCCCGCAUCGCCCGCAGCGGCAGGGACUCGCGGUUCGAUGGAGUGCGGGACAACCCCGCCCGCUUCCUGGUGUACUGGACCAUGCAGGCUGUGUGGGUGUUCGUGACGCUGCUGCCGGUGCUGCUGCUGAACGGCAGGGG